AUGGCACCCAUACCAAAGAACCCAGCCCUCGAGGGCGCGCCGCCAUCUGAUGCCGAAAAGCAGCCCAGCACUGCGCAUCGAUCGACGGCAGAAACCAUACCGCACUGGCGACUAGUCAUCGACCAGGCCGGCAUCACGCCCGCCGUGGCCAGCUUCCCGUACGCGGGCUCCGGCACCGCCAGCGACCCGUACCUGGUGCGGUGGCUGCCGUGCGACCCGCGGGACCCGAUGAACUUUAGCCUGUGCAAAAAAUCCGGCAUCACGGCCGUCGCCGCCGUCGCGACGCUCGCCGUGACGCUCGUCUCCUCGGCGUACGCGAGCGGCGUGUCCCAAAUCGCCGACGAGUUCCGCGUCAGCCAAGAGGUGGCGCUGCUCGGCGUGUCGCUGUUCGUGCUCGGCUUCGCCGUCGGGCCGCUGCUGUGGGCGCCGCUCAGCGAGCUGUUUGGCCGCCAGCGGCUGUUUGCCGGGAGCUACGCGGCGCUGACGGCGCUCAACGCCGGCGCGUGCGGCGCGCGCAGCAUCGCCCCGCUGCUCGUCCUGCGCUUCCUCGCCGGCGCCUUUGGCUCCUCGCCCCUGACCAACGCCGGCGGCACCAUUGCCGACAUGUUCCCCGCCGCGCAGCGCGGGCUCGUCAUGGCCGCCUUUUCCAUGGCGCCCUUUCUCGGGCCCGUGCUCGGCCCCAUCAUCGGCGGCUUCCUUGGCAUGCGCGCCGGCUGGCGCUGGGUGCUCGGCUUCCUCGCCGCCUUCUCCGGCCUGCUUUGGAUCGUCGGCUGCGCCGUCGUGCCGGAGACGUAUGCGCCCGUGCUGCUGCGCGCGCGCGCGGCCGCCUUGUCCAAGGCGACGGGACGGGUGUACGUGAGCAGCAUGGACGCCGCGCGGGGCCCGACGAGCCUGGCGCAGUCGGUCCGGGUGGCGCUGCUGCGGCCGUGGACGCUGCUGUUCCGCGAGCCAAUCGUCCUGCUUCUCUCCAUCUACAUGGCCAUUGUGUACGGCAUCCUGUACAUGCUGUUUGCGGCCUUUCCAAUCGUCUACCAGGUCAACCGCGGCUGGAGCCAGGGCGUCGGCGGGCUCGCGUUCCUCGGCCUGCUGGUCGGCAUGCUGGCUGCGCUGGGGGUCAUCAUCCCGGCGAAUUCCAAGUACAUUCGCGUGCAGGAGCAGAACGACGGCGUUGCUCCGCCCGAAGCCCGCCUGCCCAUGGCCAUUGUGGGAUCGAUUGCGCUGCCGAUUGGCCUGUUCUGGUUCGCGUGGACCAACGGCAGCGACAUUCACUGGAUCGUGAGCAUCAUGGCGGGCGCGCCGUUUGGGUUCGGCAUGAUACUCGUCUUCCUGGGCAGCAUGAACUACCUCAUCGACGCCUACACGCUCUACGCGGCCUCGGUCUUGGCGGCCAGCUCCGUUCUGCGAUCCUGUCUGGGCGCGGCCUUUCCGCUCUUCACGAGCUACAUGUACCGCGCGCUCGGCAUCCACUGGGCUUCCUCGAUCCCGGCAUUCCUCGCGCUGGCCUGUCUGCCGUUUCCCAUAGUCUUUUACAAGUACGGUUACAAAAUUCGCGCCAGAUGCAAGUUUGCGGCAGAGUCUGCCGACUUCAUGGCCAAGUUGCGAGACGACAUGGCGCGUGAGUCGCAAGGGAGCGGCGAGGAAAGUAGCGGGCCAGCUCCGUCGGGUGCGGUGAAGGAGAAUGCUGCUUCAGAAAGGGGAAACAGAGCAGCUUGA